GCUGGCAGCACCUGGAGGCUCCGCGCGGCGAGCGCUGCCCUGCCCUGCCCUGCCUCUCUCCGGGCGCUGCCCUUGCCGGGGCGCGGGGGUCUCCAGCUGGUUCCAGCCAGUGGGGUUUUACUCUCUCUCUCUCUCUUUUUAUUUUUUUGGUAUCGAGUAGAGAAGCAAAGGAUGGCACUGCCACCAGCCUGGCUGGCAGCUGCAGAGCAGGGCUGGCUCCGGAGCGUGGCAGAGCGCUGUAGGCAAGGGACGGGCUUUUGGGCACAACUGAUCCCAGUGCUACGGCUUGGGUGGGCGGCGAACAGAGCAGCCUUCGCCCUCAGGGCGGGGGCGGGGGACUUUAGACCUGGUUCUGGCAUGUCUCAACCCGUCUGUGUGCGCCAAACUGCUGUUCUGGGUAUAGAUCUGUUUGGGGGUUGAAUGACACUUUGACUCUUCUGGGGGAAGGGUCUGCAAAAACAAAAUCGGGCUGCCCAUCGUGAUGCCAUAAUAAAAUCGGAGACCUGCCCCCCAGGUUAUGAUUUUUAAAUCUUACAGGGGGCUCAGCUCCUCCCUUCUUCCCCAGCUCCCCCAUAAUUCGAACCUUGGAUCUGUUUCCUAUCGUCAGUAAAAGUGUAGUGUCUGUACCUGGCCAUGGAGAAGUCAGGCUGGAAGGGACCUCCAGAGAUCAUCCAACCCCCUACCUGAGGCAGGAUCAUCCUUAUCUAAACCAUCCCAUGCAACCAUCAUCUGAAUUCUACAGUUCUACAUCCAAAAUGAUACCCUGUGGACCAGCUUUGUCAUUUGUUCGGUGUCUGGUGCGGAGGAAAAUUGUUACUCUGGACAGUCUGGAAGAUUCCAAGUUAUGCCGAUGUUUAUCCACUGUGGACCUCAUUGCUUUGGGCGUAGGGAGUACCCUUGGUGCUGGUGUUUAUGUGCUUGCUGGAGAAGUAGCAAAAGCAGACUCCGGACCCAGCAUUGUUCUUUCUUUCCUCAUUGCUGCCUUAGCAUCUGUGAUGGCAGGUCUUUGCUAUGCUGAAUUCGGUGCUCGUGUUCCCAAGACUGGCUCUGCCUAUUUGUAUACUUACGUAACUGUUGGUGAACUCUGGGCUUUUAUCACUGGCUGGAAUCUCAUUUUAUCAUAUGUUAUAGGUACAGCAAGUGUAGCAAGAGCAUGGAGUGGCACCGUUGAUGAAAUUGUUGGAAAACGAAUUGGUCAUUUUUUCACAACGUACUUCAAAAUGAAUUUUCCUGGUCUAGCAGAGUAUCCAGACGUCUUUGCAGUGUGCCUUAUAUUGCUUCUGUCAGGUCUUCUGUCUUUUGGAGUCAAGGAAUCUGCAUGGGUGAAUAAAAUCUUCACUGCUAUUAACAUCUUGGUCCUCCUCUUUGUUAUUAUCUCUGGCUUUGUAAAAGGAAACGUUGAUAACUGGAAAAUAAGUGAAGAAUAUCUCAUCAAUCUCACCUUAGAAACACAAAAUUAUUCUUACUUUGAAAACAUAACAAGCACAUAUGGGACUGGUGGUUUUAUGCCAUAUGGCUUCACGGGAACAUUGGCAGGUGCUGCAACCUGCUUUUAUGCUUUUGUGGGAUUUGAUUGCAUUGCUACAACUGGGGAAGAAGUCAGGAAUCCUCAGAAAGCUAUACCUAUUGGAAUUGUGAUUUCCCUUCUGGUCUGUUUUAUGGCCUAUUUUGGUGUGUCAGCUGCUUUGACUCUUAUGAUGCCAUACUACCUUCUAGAUGAGACUAGUCCCCUCCCUGUAGCAUUUGAAUAUGUUGGAUGGGAUCCUGCAAAGUAUGUUGUGGCUGUGGGAUCCCUCUGCGCUUUAUCCACAAGUCUUCUUGGAUCCAUUUUCCCAAUGCCACGCGUAAUCUAUGCUAUGGCGGAUGAUGGGUUGCUUUUCAAAUGUCUAGCUCAAAUCCAUUCCAAAACGAAGACCCCAUUAAUUGCUACUUUAUCAUCGGGUGCAGUAGCAGCUGUUAUGGCAUUUCUUUUUGACCUCAAGGCUCUAGUGGAUAUGAUGUCUAUUGGUACACUUCUUGCAUACUCACUGGUAGCAGCCUGUGUUCUUAUUCUUAGGUACCAACCCAGUUUAACCUAUGAGCAACCAAAGUAUUGUCCAGAGAAAGAGGUUCUGCCAGGAUCAGAAAGGGAAUCUACAAUAAGUGAAUCGCAGGUUAAUAUGCUACAAAGGAACCGCUUCAGUCUUCAAACACUGAUUAAUCCAUCCAGUCUGCCUACAGAGCAGUCAGCUACCACUGUCAGUUGUUCGGUGGGUCUCUUAGGUUUUCUGGUUUGUGGCUUGAGCAUUCUGACCACAUAUGGGAUUAAUUCUAUUGCCAGUAUGGAGGUCUGGAGUGUGGUUCUUCUCACUGUGUUAGCACUACUCUUCAUUGUCACUGUUCUCGUCAUCUGGAGACAGCCUCAGAGCCAGCAGCAAGUGGCCUUUCUGGUUCCACUCUUGCCAUUUUUGCCAGCUCUCAGUAUCCUGGUGAAUAUUUACUUGAUGGUACAAUUAAGCGGAGAUACCUGGAUCAGGUUUAGCAUCUGGAUGGCCCUUGGCUUCCUUAUUUACUUUGGUUAUGGUGUCAGACACAGUAUUGAAGGUCUCCACAGAGAUGAGGGAGAUGAAGAUUCUUGCUCAGAACAUAGUGGAUUACAAGAAAAGAGCCCAGUGGAAGAAGCAGAUGAAAAUGAAAAUGCAAGUGAAAGUGCUCAGUUUAUUAUAAAUGAAAGGACAAGUGAAUGUUAAUUUUUGCCUACAACCUUAGCAUGGAUGUCUUUUAAAAUAGCAAACUGUGACUGAAUAUAGUUGCUGAAUGGAAUUGUCAAGCAUUUUCUGCCAACAGAUUAACAAUUUAUUUUCCCAUAUUUUGAAAGUGUCUACCACAAUGUGGCUGAUAUGUUGGACUAGCUGCUGAGCCAUCUUGGCUCCUAUAUACUCAGUAACAUGAACUUCUCCUUCAAUGAUAACUAAUAUCUCAAAUAAAAAUACAAGGAAGAUAAGAUGAUAAAAAACCUUCCAAAGGGAAGUACACUUUGAUAUGCUAACAUUUUGGAGUGUUUUGUUUGCACCAUCAUAUAACAGCAGUUGGCAAUCACAAUGUAUAAAAAAAAUGGAAGACAGAGAAGAGGGCUCCGAUUACUUUUCAUUGUGUGGUGAAAACAAGUGCCUUUCAUAUGUUCUUGUUAUCCGUAUACCUGUUAAAAUAUUUUGGUCAGAGUAUAUUGUGUGAACAAUUUCAACCUUCUAUCAUUAUAGUAUUAAAUAUCUUCUUAUUUUUUUACAAGUAACUCCCAUGAUGAUAGAUUGAAUGCAAGACUAAAAAAUAUUUUGCAAUGUCAAUGGCAUGAAUCAAACACUUUUUACAAAGUAGAAUAUCAUAUAUUUAUAUGAAAAUGGUAAAGAAAUAUUUACUUAUCCUUGCCAGUUAGUAGGCAAGGAUAAUUAAGGCUACUAAUAUGCUUAUGAGCCUUAACAACUUUUUGAAAGGGUAUUUAAGAUUUUUCUGCUUAAUGUACUUAUUUUUUUUUUUUUCAAUGUUGCUCCAAGUGCUAAAAAAACUCAAAUGCAAAACUGGUGCCAUUUGCCUGUAAAAACUGGGACAUAAUGGGUAUAUCAUUAUUCUUGGAGUGAUACCUUAGUGCUACUGAAUUCAGUGAGAAUUUUGCCAUUGACUUCAGCAGGACCAGAACUUUACCUUGAAUGCCUAAUUAGCGCUUAAAUCAGCGUAAAUAAAAACUUCUGCCUUCAUUGCUAAUUUCUUUUUUCUUUCUCAAUCAUAUAUGGGAUCUGAAUUUAUUGGGUGGGAAAGGGGGUGCAGGAUAUUUCUUCUUGUUUAGAAAACCAGGGCGUGUAGUGCCAGAUUUCCUUGAGGAAAGACAAGAGGGAUGGGAAAGCAAAGUGGUCAAGCUUUUAUUUAAAAGCCAUAUUUAGGCUUAUAUUCAGUUUUGCUGAUAGCACUCAAAUGUGAAAUGUACCUGUUUGCACAAUAUUGAGAUUUUUUCCUACACCAAAACAAAUACAUCAAUAUUUUACUGAUCCUUAAACAAAAUAUCAGUGUCAGCAGAGGAGGCUGCCACAAGCAAUCCUACAUUGACAGUCUAGUACACCUGGGUACGCUCGUUCCAAAGCUAUCUUAUAUAGGGAAGCAGGUCAUGAUUAUAAGGUAGGGCGAAUAAUGAACUUGCAUAUAAUGAAAGAGCAAUUGGUACUGUUCUUUUCAAUGCAGAAGCAAAAAUUCGUAUUACCUAUCAAAGGUACAUAAUCACUUUUUGUGUAUGUGCGUUGUGUGUGUAUAUAAAUAACAGAGGCAUCACUUAUUGCUUAAGGAGGAUAUCAAAAUGUGGAGUUAGUUUGGUAAAAUGGGUUUUUACUAAUUAAAAAUAAGUUUCCUGUAGUAAACAAAGGGUGUCUUAAAUGCUGCCAUUGACUAGUAUAGAUAGGCAUUCUUAUAGUAUUGCCGAAAUAUACUUUGCUGGGAAAAGUCUCUGUUUAUCCUUGUAAAGUAAAAUCCCAGGAAAUGCAGUUUUGAUGGCUAUCUUGAGUGUUAUGCUAGCUAAUAUUAAAAAUCUAUUUUUUAUUUUUACAUCUAGAAUUCUCAGAGCAGAAGGACAAUCAUAAUUAUACUUAUGUCUCUCCCUUUGUCUUGUUAGCAGCAUUUGAUUCUUGCUUCUGGUUUUAAAUAAAAGUAAAUCCCAAUUCUGGCAAGCAACUAAAAGAGACAAAUCUUAGUGGGUGCCUUGGUAGAAAAUGCUUUUUGGUAGAAAGUUAAGAAAGGCAUUGAUAAUAUAUAGGGAAAUAGAUUUUAAUUUUGAGCUUGAUUCUUUGUUUCAUGGUUUGGAUUGGGCUGAGAACAUUUUGCAGAAACUGGAACAGAGGGAUGGGUUGUUGCUUUUGCACCUAGUGGCCUCUACUGGUCAUUAAGGAUAGAUGUUGUCGCUUACAUUUUUUAACCAGAAGGUGCUUGGUUACUGUUGUGACUCUAGGGAAAUCUCUAGAGGAAGUGUUAGAAGGCAAAAGCCUAAUUUGUUACAUACAUUUCUCUAAGGGAAGCCUGUGGGAAGGAAAAAUACUACCUCUCACCAAGGCUUGGGGUAAAGCUAUUAACAGUUGUUGAUUGUCUUAAAUAUUUGUGUUCACAUUGUAACAUGGGAUGUUUCUAUGGGGGAAACCACAGGGAAGCUGAUCAGCAAUGUGAAGUGUAUGGUAAGGAAAGAGUAAGGCUAAAGAUGCCUGAAAUAUAUGAUGGCAAUGUCUGAAAAGCAAACUACCCAACCAAGGUUGUACAAUAUAUUAGGCCAAAUUUAGCCCGACUGCAAAUGGGUGAAAUUCUGAUAUUUUCAGUGGGAUGAAUGUGCUAGGUAACAGCUUUUACUAUUAACUUUCAGCAAUAUAGAUAUCAAAAUUCAAAAGUCUGCUUACCUUUUUUCUGAAGCAUGUUUUCCAAUACAGGUAACUCUAUGGGAUAGCUUUGCAUUAUAAAACAUUUUUAUUUGGGUAAAGAAGCUAGAGGGUGGUUGGCUUCAAUGGCAAAUCCUUUAUCACAACUUUGAAGAUUUUACUAUAAAGUGGUUCAAAAAGUAGAAAGUUGACUUUGUACUCUUCAUAUUUGUUUCUACAAACUGUAGGUGAAACUGUAAUAAUAUAAUAGGAAACUAAAAUGAAUUUAUGUCUAAUUCAUCACUGAUACUGCAAAAGUGUGUAAAAUCUAUUUUAAUCUGGAUUGUCCAUCCUGUCCUAGUGAAUCAGUCUGAGCUUGGUGGGUGGAGAGACUGCAGAAUAGUGCUCCUGAUAUUUAUAACAUUUAUAGUAUAAACUCUCACUAGGACUGUUCUGAUUAUUAAGUAAAUAAAUAUCCAACCUGCCAUAAUCCCUAAAAUGUUAGGAAUUAGGAAGAUAGGAUGUAAAACUAGAAAGGACUUCCUGGUUAAUUGAGUCCAAUCCCACAUCAUAUAAUCCCAUUUAUAAGUUUAUCAAGCUCUGUUCUUAAAAUGUAGCUAGGCCAUGAGGGAGGCAGUGGCCCCAGUUUUGUUAUAAAACAUUUUUAAUAGAACUGAUCUUUUCAGAUUGUUAAAAUUAUAAUGCAUCAAGAAUAGUUUUUGAAUGUCAUCACUAUUGUCUGUGACUUGGCAUUAACCUGAAGGACAUCAUUAAAGGAAAACUCCAAUGACUUGUUACACUAUUAUGAAUAAUUAAAUGUUUAGUAGAAAUAAUUAUACAGGAAAUGUCAAGGCAGCUUUUAGAAAUACAGAUCACAGUUUCAAUACCUCCAUUCAAUGUGUGAAACAGAUCUCUGUCUCAGUGAGGUCUGCCAUUUCAAUGACGUUUUUCAGCAGAAGCCCAUUUUGAUGUAGAGUAGGACAGAAGAAUCAUAUUGACCAUAUGAAAUAUUAGAAAUCUAAGACUGUGAAUGCUGUUGCAAGGGAGCUACUGAAAAAAUCAAACUUCAAUUAUUUAAAAAAAAAAUACAGAUCUUUACUCAAGACAUCAUGAAAAUCCCAUAUUGCCAAAUUAUUUGAAUUA